CAAAUUAAAAUUUAUCAACGAUUCUUUUAUUUAAAAAAGAGAUCUAGAGAAAACUAACGAACAAACUAUUGUACGAGCUGUCCAGGUAGGAACACGCCAUUCAAAACAAGAAAAAGGAGAGCAUCAGCAUGGAUUUUGAAUGGGAGCCUCCAUCAGAGGCAGAGAUGAAGAUUUUGGAGGCCAGGCGGGAGAGAUCGGACAAGAUAAGCAAGCUGAUGGGGGACUACCUGUUAAAGGGCUACAAAAUGCUGGGCAGUGUCUGUGAAACGUGUGAUACAAUACUUUUGGAAGAUAAACAAGCAAUGAAGUAUUGCAUUGCCUGCCAGGAGCUAGAUACAGACACAGACAAGGAUGAUCCAGUUAUGAGUUCAUCAGCAGCCAGAUCUCUGACCGAGGAGAGACAAGGCGUUACACAAGGAUCCAGAACCUUUCCAGCAGCCUCUUCAACUUCUGGUAGAAGGGCGGUAUCCCAAGGACAGCAACCCUCCCCCCUGUCUAUUGACCCCAGGCUAGGUCUGUACGAAGAAGGGGCCAAAAAGGCGGCAAAGCCAGCAAGUGAAAGUUUAGGGGUGUGGCCAAUACCUGACUACAGUUCUGCCUUGGACAGUCUGUGUGAAAAAAUUAGGUGGGCAAGUGAGGAAUUAAAAGCUUCCAGUAGUGUAGAAUAUAGCAUUCAGUUGUGUAACCUCAUCAAGGCCAGUGCUGAUGCAAUGCAGAGCUUGAAGUCCUCACAGUCAUGAUUUGCCAUGCCGUUACACAUACAAAUGUACUAAGUUGUGUGCCUCCAAAAGAUUCGGUGUGUAUGUCUGUUAUAUCACAGAUUGAUGAUUCUAAUUUAAAUUAGCUGGCCAUAUGAAAAUUUAAUGGGUUUUUUUUUAUUCAAAAGAAAGGGGACCUUCCCUUGGAAUUAUAUUUGUCUUUAUGGUCACAAAGUGCCAUGCUGAUUUGUUCCAGAGUCUAGUAUUUUUAUUAAACUUGAUUAGUAAUUUGCCAUAGUAACUAGGUAUAGUUAAUAUAAUCACAUAUGUACUUUGGAAAUCUCUCUUUCAUAUCACAAGAAAUUACUGAAUGUAUGUUCAUACAUGUAUAAUGUGUAAGAGUUUUACUAUGAACAAAAAAAAGACCAAAAAACCAAUAUCUGACACUUUAAUAUUUGGUCAUUUUGUUUUUGUUUUAUUUUAUACAUU